AUGGCUUCUAUUUCCUCAUCCUCUAGUAAUUGGGUAUACGAUGUUUUCCCGAGUUUUAGCGGAGAAGACGUCCGCGUUACUUUCCUCAGCCAUUUUCUCAAGGAGCUAGAUCGGAAAUUGAUCAAGGCUUUUAAAGACAAUGAGAUAGAGAGAAGCCACUCGAUUGCCCCUGAGCUUAUAAGGGCGAUAAGGACUUCCAAGAUCGCGGUGGUCGUGUUCUCGGAAAACUACAGCUCUUCUAGUUGGUGUCUCGACGAGUUGGUGGAGAUUGUGACAUGCAAGGAAGAGUCUGGUCAACUAGUUUUACCAAUUUUCUAUGGUUUAGAUCCAUCUCAUGUCAGGAAACAAACUGGAAAAUUUGGAGAGGCCUUUGCAAAGUCUUGUCAGAUCAAGACAGAAGCAGUGAAAAAUCAAUGGCAGCAAGCGUUGAUCCUUGUUGCGAACCUACUUGGAUAUCAUUCUCAGAACUUCAAUAACGAAGCAACAAUGAUUGAAGUAAUCUCUAAUGAUCUUUUGGGAAAACUGAAAUUAACUCCAUCCAAGGAUUUUAAGGACUUUGUUGGUAUCGAAUAUCAUAUAGCGGAGAUGAGUUUAUUGUUAGAUUUAGAAUCCGAGGAAGCGAGGAUGGUCGGGAUUUGGGGUCCAACGGGAAUUGGCAAGACUACGAUUGCAAGAGCGCUAUUUAGUCGACUUUCCCGUCACUUCCAAGGUAGGGUUUUCAUAGACAGAGGUUUCAUUUCAAAGAGUAUGAAAAGAUUUAGUGGAGCCAACCCGGAUGACUAUAAUAUGAAGUUGAGUUUGCAAGGAAAGUUUUUGUCGGAAAUUUUAGGCACUAGACACAUACAAAUAGAUCAUUUAGGCGCUAUAGAAGAUAAACUAAAGCACCAAAAAGUUCUUAUCUUUAUUGAUGAUGUGGAUGAUCAAGUGGUUCUAGAUACUUUAGUUGGUGAAACUGAGUGGUUUGGAUGUGGAAGUAGAAUCGUUGUAAUUACAAAAGAUAAGAAACUUCUAAGGGCCAAUGGUAUUUACCAUAUUUAUGAGGUAUGUCUCCCAUCCAGAGAACUAUCUCUUGAAAUGUUUUGUCGAUCUGCUUUUAAACAAAGAUCUCCACCGGAUGGUUUCAUGGAGGUUGCUUCUAAAGUUGCUAUGCAUGCUGGUAAUCUUCCUUUGGGUCUAACUGUUUUGGGUUCUUAUUUACGGGGCAGCGACAAAGAGUACUGGGUCGAUACGUUGCCUAGCCUUCGUAUUAGGCUGAACGGAAAAAUAGAGAAAACACUAAGAGUCAGCUACGAUGGAUUAAAUAACGAAAAAGAUGAAAAGAUGUUUCGUCAUAUUGUAUGCCUCUUUGAUGGUGCAAAAAUUAAUGACAUCAAGCAGAUGUUAGCAGAUAGUGACUUGGAUGUUAAUAUAGGGAUAAGAAACCUCGUUGACAAGUCUCUCGUACAUGUUAACCAUGAUACCGUGAAGAUGCACACUUUACUACAAGAGAUGGGGAAAACAAUUGUUUGUGAGCAGUCCAAUGAGCCUGGAGAACGAGAAUUCCUUGUUGAUUCCAAGGAUAUAAACAAAGUACUUAAAUAUAACACAGGUACAGAAAAGGUUUUGGGUAUAUCAUUGGAUAUUGAUGAGAAUGAUGAAUUGCAUAUACAUGAGAGUGCGUUCAAAAGGAUGCAUAAUUUAUGGUUCAUAACAAUUUACAUCAAAAAAUGGGACUAUAAGAACGAAGUAAGAUGGCAUUUAGCAGAAGGCUUCGACUAUUUCCCCCCGAAGCUUAGAUUAUUGAGGUUGGACGGAUAUCCAAUGAGAUGUUUGCCUUCUAGUUUCCGUCCGGAACACCUUGUUAAGCUUACAAUGCGAAGGAGCAAGCUCGAGAAGCUUUGGGAAGGAGUUCAAUCACUUACAGGUCUCAAAGAUAUAAAUUUGGAUAUAUCUAGAAAUCUGAAAGAACUCCCAGAUCUUUCUAUGGCCACUAAUCUUGAGACUCUUUAUCUUGGUUAUUGCUCGAGUUUGGUAGAAGUUCCUUCCUCUAUUCAGUAUCUAAAUAAACUCAAGACUCUGGACAUGUCAUUUUGUGCAAAUCUAAAGACUUUUCCCACUGGAAUGAACCUCAAAUCUCUUGACCGGCUUAAUCUCAUGGGAUGCUCACGGUUGAGGAGUUUUCCUAAUAUAUCAACCAACAUCUCAAAGCUCUAUAUGUGGGAAACAUCAAUAGAAGAGUUACCCUCAAACUUACAUCUAGAAAAUCUCACUGAACUAAAUAUGUGUGGGUUAAAGAGUGAAAAAUUAUGGAAAAAAGUGCAGCCGCUUAAACCCCUCAUAACCAUGCUAGCUGCUACUUCUUUGACGAGGCUAUGGCUCUCCGAUAUCUCAAGUUUGGUGGAGCUUCCUUCAUCUAUUCAAGAUCUUAGUAAUCUCAAGGAGUUGAGCAUUACAAAGUGCAUAAAUCUUGAGACUCUUCCCACUAGAAUCAACCUUGAAUCACUCGAUAUCCUAAGUUUUAGUGAAUGCUCAAGACUGAGAAGUUUUCCCAAUAUCUCAACCAACAUCUCAACACUUGAUCUAGGAGGAACAUCAAUAGAAGAGGUUCCAUGGUGGAUCGAGAACUUCUACAAGCUCAAAUAUCUUACAUUGGCAUACUGCAACAAGCUAAAAUAUGUUUCCCUAAGGAUUUUUAACCUAGCACUUCUUGAUGCAGCUAGGUUUUUAGACUAUGGAGCAUUUAUUGAAGAUAGCUUUAGCUUUAAUAUUAGUCCAAGUGUUGACGACACUUCUUCUGUUCCAGAGAAUUAUUUUUCAGUUGUCAAGCUCAAUUUCAUCAACUACUUCAACUUGGAUCAAGAAGCCUUGAUUCGACAACAAUCUGUUUUCAAACAUAUGAUCUUGAUAGGUGAAGAAGUGCCUUCACAUUUCAUCCACCGUACAAGUGGAACCUCUUUAGCUAUUCCUCUACUUCACACAUACCCCUCUCAACCAUCAUUAAGAUUCAGGGCUUGUGUAGUGAUUGAUUGCGGAUCUGAUCUUAGUAUUAUUGGUCGUUACUCAUUCUUCAUCCAGGUACGUUGCCAAUUCAUAGACAAACUUGGAAACCACUUGGCUUCUAAUGAUUGGCCAUUGUCCAUAACAACAACUAUGUUGGGUCGUCAUCUGGUUACAUUUGAGUGUUGUUCCCCACUAAAUACAGACAAUAGUCCUCCUUUAGCUGAACUUGAUCACGCGGUUAUACAGUUUCAUCUCAUUGAUUAUAACUACUCUGACCUCAAAUUUAAAGGAUGUGGUAUACGAUUCCUGGAGGACGCUCCUCCAUCUCUACAUUCAAGUGUUGUUGAAGGCGAUAAAAGAAACUGUGUUACUUUGAGAGGCCAUGAAACUGAAUACAGUGACGUGUGUGGAGACAUCAAUGUAGAGACAGAGAGAAGCAAUAAGGGAAAACAGGGGCAAAAAAAGAAGAAGAAGAAGAGAAAAAAGAAAAAGAAGAAAGGUUCUUGGUAA